UGCCCACUUCCAAGCCAAAUCCUCGCACUCCCUUUAUCCAAUAUUUUCCAUCUUCUGCAAACCGUACCCAAAACCCUAAUCCCCUCAGUAACUGGAUGGGCGAUCCGUUGGAAAGACUAGGAUCAGAGACCGCCAUGGGCCUUGAAUCCACCAUGAAGGAAGAACUCUGUAUGGAGAUCGAUCCUCCCUUCCGUGAAAACGUUGCUACUGCCGAAGACUGGCGGAAAGCCCUCAACAAAGUCGUUCCUGCUGUCGUCGUCCUCCGCACCACUGCUUGCCGUGCCUUCGAUACCGAGCCUGCCGGCGCCAGCUAUGCCACCGGAUUCGUUGUUGACAAGCGCCGCGGCAUUGUCCUCACCAAUCGGCAUGUCGUCAAGCCAGGACCUGUUGUCGCUGAAGCUAUGUUUGUAAAUCGUGAAGAAAUUACAGUACAUCCUAUAUACAGAGAUCCAGUCCAUGAUUUUGGCUUCUUUCGUUUUAAUCCUGACGCAAUACAGUUUCUAAACUAUGAGGAGAUUCCGCUUGCCCCUGAGGCUGCUUGUGUUGGACUGGAAAUCAGGGUUGUUGGUAAUGAUAGUGGGGAGAAGGUUUCAAUAUUGGCAGGUACUCUUGCUCGUUUGGAUAGAGAUGCUCCUCAUUAUAAAAAGGAUGGUUAUAAGGACUUCAACACAUUCUACAUGCAAGCAGCAUCUGGAACCAAAGGUGGUUCAAGUGGCUCACCAGUGAUUGAUUGGCAAGGCAGGGCAGUGGCUUUGAAUGCUGGUAGCAAGACAACUAGUGCAUCGGCAUUUUUCUUGCCUCUUGAGAGGGUAGUAAGGGCAUUGAAAUUUCUGCAGAAUGGAAGAGAUUCUUACUUAAGUAAAUGGGAAGCAGUUGCCAUACCUCGUGGUACGCUUCAGGUGACAUUUCUCCACAAAGGGUUUGAUGAGAUACGUCGGCUUGGUCUUCGAAGUGAAACAGAGCAGAUAGCACGGCAUGCAUCUAUACUAGGUGAAACUGGAAUGCUUGUGGUUGACUCUGUGGUACCAGGUGGUCCAGCUCAUAGCCACUUGGAGCCAGGUGAUGUUCUAGUUCGUGUGAAUGGGGAGGUAAUUACUCAAUUUCUAAGAUUAGAAACCUUACUUGAUGAAAGUGUUGACCAGCAGAUUGAGUUACAGACUGAAAGAGGUGGUGUACAACUGAACAUAAACUUAGUGGUUCAAGAUCUGCACUCAAUAACUCCUGAUUACUUCUUAGAAGUAAGUGGUGCGGUGAUACACCCUCUGUCCUACCAGCAGGCAAGAAAUUUCCGCUUCCAUUGUGGUCUUGUAUAUGUCUCAGAACCUGGAUAUAUGCUAUUUAGAGCCGGAGUUCCUCGACAUGCCAUUAUUAAGAAGUUUGCUGGUGAAGAGAUAUCAAAACUUGAAGAUCUAGUCUCUGUUUUAUCAAAGUUGUCUAGGGGUGCUCGAGUGCCUUUAGAAUAUAUAAGCUACACAGAUCGUCAUCGGAGGAAGUCAGUCUUGGUGACUGUUGAUCGCCAUGAAUGGUACUCCCCUCCCCAGAUAUAUACUCGUGAUGACAGUUCAGGUCUAUGGACGGCAAAACCUGCCUUUGAAUCUAAGCCGUUGCUGCUAUCAUCUGGUAUUAAUGGUGAGGCUACUCAUGUGAAACAUAUUCAUCAAGGCAAUAACCAAGAGUUGACUAAUGGAGUUGCUAGUAUGGAUACCAGUUUUGACAAUUCUUCUGCAGAGUCUGGUAUUGGAUCAAAGAAAAGACGAAUAGAAGAUGAUUUAUCUUCUGAUGGUGUUGCUGCUGACUCUUCCUUACAUGAAACUGGGGAAGAUAAGCCAAGUGUCCCAAAUCCCAUUGUAAAUGCCAUUUUGAAAGACUAUCAGGGAGCAACGGUUGCAGCAGCCAAUGCUUCAGUUGCAGAACGUGUGAUAGAGCCUACUCUCGUGAUGUUUGAGGUUCAUGUGCCACCUUCAUGCAUGCUUGACGGAGUCCAUUCACAACAUUUUUUUGGGACUGGUGUCAUUAUAUACCAUUCUCAAAAUAUGGGAUUAGUAGCGGUUGACAAGAACACAGUUGCAAUAUCUGCAUCUGAUGUGAUGUUGUCCUUUGCUGCUUUUCCCAUUGAAAUUCCUGGAGAGGUAGUUUUUCUCCACCCUGUUCACAAUUAUGCUCUUGUUGCAUAUGACCCAACAGCUUUGGGACCUGUUGGUGCCUCUAUGGUUCGUGCUGCUGAGCUACUUCCUGAUCCUGCAUUGCGUCGUGGAGAUUCAGUGUAUCUGGUGGGAUUAAGUAGAAGCUUACAAGCAACAUCUAGAAAAUCAAUUGUGACCAAUCCAUGUGCUGCUCUUAAUAUUGGCUCAGCUGAUUGUCCACGGUACAGAGCAACAAAUAUGGAAGUCAUUGAGCUUGAUACUGAUUUUGGUAGUACAUUCUCUGGUGUACUUACAGAUGAGCAAGGAAGAGUUCAAGCUAUCUGGGGAAGCUUUUCAACACAGUUGAAAUUUGGUUGCAAUUCAUCAGAAGAUCAUCAGUUUGUUAGAGGUAUCCCAAUCUAUACGAUAAGCAAAGUUCUUGACAAAAUCGUUUCUGGUGCUGAUGGGACCCCCCUUCUCAUAAAUGGAGUCAAAAGGUCAAUGCCACUAGUUAGAAUCUUAGAGGUUGAACUUUAUCCUACAUUGCUUUCAAAGGCCCGGAGUUUUGGGUUGAGUGAUGAUUGGAUCCAAGCUCUUGUCAAGAAAGACCCAAUUAGGCGGCAGGUUUUACGUGUCAAAGGUUGUUUGGCUGGAUCAAAAGCUGAAAAUCUAUUAGAACAAGGUGACAUGGUAUUGGCUGUUAAUAAAGAGCCAGUUACUUGCUUCCGAGACAUAGAAAAUGUUUGUCAAGAAUUGGACAGUGAUGACAAUGAUGGGAAAUUAAACUUGACCAUUUUUCGGCAUGGGUGUGAAAUGGAUCUUCUUGUUGGGACUGAUGUUAGAGAUGGGAAUGGGACAUCACGUGCAAUUAAUUGGUGUGGAUGUAUUGUUCAGGAUCCUCAUCCAGCUGUUCGAGCCCUUGGUUUUCUUCCAGAAGAAGGUCAUGGUGUUUAUGUCGCAAGGUGGUGUCAUGGUAGUCCUGUUCACAGAUACGGAUUAUAUGCUCUUCAAUGGAUAGUUGAAGUCAAUGGAAAACCAACUCCUGAUAUAGACGCCUUUGUGAAUGUGACAAAGGAAUUGGAACAUGGGGAGUUUGUUCGUGUAAGGACAGUGCACCUGAAUGGCAAGCCUCGAGUUCUAACGUUGAAGCAGGAUUUGCACUACUGGCCUGCAUGGGAGCUGAGAUUUGACCCAGAGACUGCAAUCUGGCGUCGAAAUAUAAUCAAGGCUUUAGAUUGUAGUAUCAUAUGAAGAGAGCAUUUCAGUUGUGGAAGCAGUCAGCUCUAGAUGCCUGCUUAUGAGACUGAAUUCGCCUCAGGUGAAGCAUGGCUUGACUCGGGCUGUCGGCUUCAGCCUGGGCAGAAAAUGGUUGUCUUGCACAUCUAUUUAUUGGGCGUAAAAAAUCUGGCAGCUAUUUUCAUAUUGUAUCAAAAAUACAAGGAUUGUGAGGUUCAUUUAUAUACUGUAAAAUUACUUCAAUGUGAAUGGCUAUGUUUAAGUAGAUAAAAAUAAACAACAAAAAUCAGAUACUUAUGUUACAAGUAUAAACCCUUACGUUAUUCACAAGGAGAAUGGUCUGUUUCAUUUCUCUUUUGUUCCUCCUUUUUUUUUUUUCCUGUAAAUAAAUUAUUUAAUAUAUG